AUGUUAAAUCUAGUAGUAAUUGAUCCGCCGUACAGCCACGACCGGUCCAAGCUCGCAGUCACCAACGAGUGCGACUCUGGGGUGACCGACGACCAGCGGAGCAGCUGCGGAGAGGAGGAGGGGGUAGGGGACGACCCCUAUGGCCUCGGCUCCUCCCGGUCGCACCCCAAGGCCCCCGGGAGCUCGGAGGACGCAGACAGCGCCCAGGGUUCCCUCCUGCUUGAGAGCUCGGACUCCCCCAGUGCGCUCGACUGCGUGCCGCUCGCUGAGGAGCCCCAGCAGGACGAAGCGCCCUGCCCGGCCUCGACCUUAGCGCGGCCGGAAGAGAAGGACGCGACGCCGACGUCGCGGUCCAGCGUGUCUGUGCAGUGCAACGGGCCGGACUCCCUGCAGAAGGUUCUUCAAGCCCAGAGCUCAAUGAGCCUGCCCGAAGAGCGCAGGGUCAACCCACCCCCGGCCAAAACCUCGAGCUCCAAGCUAGCGCACCUGAUCCAGAGCUUCGAGAGCGUCUCCGUGGCUCCCGAGGUCCCCGUCCGACGGAGGUACAACGCCAGCCCUCGGAAUUUCGAUCCCACCCCCACCGAAAACGGUCGGCCCACCUCCCCCAAGCAGAGCCGCAUCACCCCUUCGCUCUCCCCCCUUUCUUCCCUCCCCAAGGCUACGACCAUACGAACGACCUCGUCACCUCCGAGCGGCGGUGGUGUUGCUUCUUCGAGGAACGUGACUCUGCCCGUGAACGUUCCGCUGCAACGUACCAACGCAACCAUGUUGAGCACGAGCCUGCCAGUGACGUUUGUGACGGGUGCGACGACAUCUGUGACGAGAGUGAGCUUUGCGACGAACGACGCGGGUACGAACUUGGUGACCCCGAAGACGAACAGUGUGCCCGACGUAAACGGGGUGUCGAACGGCGGUUCCAACGUGGUGCUCGCCGGCAGGGAUGCCCUCUGCUCUGCGGAGGCGGUCGAGGAGGAGCGGAUGCCACGGAGCUCCACACUCUUCUGGGACCCUACGGAGCUUCUCAAGGAGUUGUACAGUGUUGAGCCUCCUCAGUUGCACGGCCGAGACCUGGGCGGCGUGGAGUAUGUGAACAAGGAGGGCUACCUAGACAUGAUGCCCUCGAACCGCAAGAAGGCCACCUACUGGAAUCCCUGGAAGCGGAGAUACUUCAGACUCUGCGACGGCAACCUCUCCUGCUUCGAGAGUGAGAACUCGCAGAGGCCAUUUGUAAAAGCGCAGCUGAUGGGAGGCAACAUUGACACCCUAGAGAACAACAUGAUUGGCAUCGAUGACAGGAAGGGGCACUACAUUGCGGUCAAGUGCAGCAGCGAGCGGGACGCAGAGGCCUGGCUGGACGCCCUCCACUCCCAGUGCCAGGACAACUUCGCCAAGAGCUUUGUCCAGCCGGUUCUGAGGCCGCUUGCCAGCCACAAGCGAGUCAUUGUUGUGGACAUGGGCGGCUGUUCCAUUCGAGCUGGGAUUCUGAUGGAUCAACCUACAAUGCCGACGGUUUAUUUCCCGUCGGUGUGCAGCACCGACAAAAACACGGGCCAGCAGACUUUCGGGAUUGAAGCCCUGACCCCCGAAGUCCGCAAGACAUCCCAUCUCACAUUCCCACUGGUACCUUCCGCCAAAAUCUCCAAGUUCACCAUGGACGUCGAAGCGCUGCCAGGCCUGAUGAGGAAGAUAUUCCGUGACCUCGGCAUCACCAACCCCUCGCAGUACAAAGUGCAGGUGUGUGUGCCUCGGAGCUUCAGCCUGCAGACCCAGGUGGCGCUGGCGAGGGCCCUGCUGGAGGGUCUGGGGGUGGGCGGCCUGAGCGUGACUCACCAGGCCAUCUGCGCCCUCUACGCCUACAACACCACCUCUGGGAUCGUGGUAGACCUGGGGGACCGGCUGGACAUCGUGCCCAUCACCGACGGGUACAUCGUGGAAGGCGGGGUGACUAGGCUACCCUAUGGCGCUCACAAGCUGGCUCAUCACUUGCGCCAGGCAUUGGUGCAAAAGAGGGUCAGCCUGUUCAGCGACGUCGACCUGUACCUGGUGCGGUAUGUUCAGCAGCAGGCCUGCUACGUGGCUGGCAACUACGCGCAGGAGCUGAGGAGGUUCCACUUUGAUCCGGACUCGGUGGAGAAGAGUGUGCCCAUCGGGAGGUUCUUCCAGCAGGACUGCCCUGCGGAGAGCGUCUCUGUGGAUGUGGGGCGGUUCCAGGCCCCUGAGGGGCUCUUCCAGCCCGAGCUGUGGGGCUUGGACAGUGGAGGGGUGCACAAACUGGUGCAGAGGGCCCUGCAGGAGUGCAGCAUGGACAUACGCCGGGAGAUGGCGCGCAGCAUCUACCUCAGCGGGGGGCUCACCCUGCUGCCGGGCUUCGCAGAGCGCCUCCAGGCCGAGCUCGACACCCUCACCCCGGACACCGUCACACCGAAGGUUCACGCCUCUCCAUACCGGGAACACAUGGCUUUCCUGGGUGCCAGCACCAUGGCAUCGACGUCUGCGUUCGACGGCGUGUGCGUCACUCUGAGGGAAUGGCAGCAGCAGGGACCGGCGUGCCUUGCCAAAUGGCACCUGUGAUGUCGCGACGCAACGUCUUCCAAAUCCAAGUCUGUCGAGACUUGGCAGGAUCAUCUGGAGUUUGAGCUCGUGAAACUCAGCAAGAAAUCUGCCCACAGCCUUGUUCAACAGCGCUUCCUCAAGAGCAUGCGACCGACGAUGCUGCUUAGAUUGUAGUUACCGAUUACGUACAGGCAGAUCGGCCUUUUUGCGGCACCAGCUCCUGCUCUCGCCAAGAGUUGCAGGCUAUCCAAGGGACUCAAAAUACCGGCGUUUAGACGCGACGCCGCGGCUAACCUAGGCUUCCAGCUCACUUACGCCUUCAUCAUUCCCACAAACUGUUGUUUUAUAACGAUAUAAAGGAGUUCACGGCUUUAAGCGGAGCAGCAUAUACACUUCGCUGUGCCGAGUCAAGUCUCGUUGUGUUUGGCCACAAGUGCUACUUUGGAUGGACCGUGCCACUCUAGGGUGUGUUGACCGGCCAUACUUCGGAAGAGGUUUCGGUGGGACCAUUACUAGUUAGUUCCCCCUGGGGUAAGAGAAGAGUUAUGUACAAAGAUGUCGGCAUCGUUGUUCAACAGUGUCCAGCUUGCGGCGUACCUCUGGGGACGUUCCAGAUGCACAUGAUGAUUUAACCUCGGAGGUGCCUCUCGCUGCAAGCUUUCAAACUGUGAGCACGCUUACAGAUUCAGUGUUUCGAAGUGGAGCAAAGUGAGUGCGAAAAAUUUGUAGCGCCGACAGCUACGUACGGUGGAUAUUUUUUUAGAGUUUUAUUCUCGACAAGAGUUCUAUCUUUGAGGAGAGUCGACAAGUUGUCUAUAUUUUCGUGAGUUGCGCGGAGCUUUUCUCCCAGAAUUUUGGGGACAACAGUUUUUUAGGAGAUGAUCCGGUUUACGAAGCCACAGUUGCCUUUGAUCAGCACGAGCUGCACUAAUCGUUUCGGUCAUAUUUUUGCUCGCGUUCGAGUCAAGCGUGGUUGUUGCCGUACUUUAACUUGUGCGUUUUGCUGCACUGGAGCGAUUGAAGAGUCUCGCUAUUUAUGAGCAGUUUGCUAUAUAGUUCUAUACUACCUUGUAAAGAAGUGCAUUCCACUAUUCCUCCUCGCAGAAGAUGCUUUUGUCAUAUUUUUUUAGCACCAUCUUGCCAUAUGUUUCUCGAUUACGGUCGUUUUUUGUGCUGUUAUUUAAGAAAUGCGAAGUGAAUACGAGUAACCGGAGUGUUGCGAAAGUUGAUGUUCCAGGAGCUGUAACAUAAAGUUUUUAUAUGUGUCCCUUGUGUCAGUGUUGAAGGUGCAACACAGCCUUGUUGUAGUGCUUUUCUUCCAUUCCAAUAAAACUACAAACACUA